AUGUCGGCCGAGGCUUCGGGCCCGGCGGCCGGGGCCCUGUCCCUGGAGGUCCCUAAGCCCUGGGGCCUCGAGCCGGGCGCCGCCGCCGCCCCCGGGCUGCAGCCGCAGACCCCGAACAGCAAGUACGUGAAGCUGAACGUGGGGGGCUCGCUGCACUACACCACGCUGCGCACGCUCACGGGCCAGGACACGCUGCUCAAGGCCAUGUUCAGCGGCCGCGCCGAGGUACUCACCGACGCCGGAGGCUGGGUGCUGAUUGACCGGAGCGGCCGCCACUUUGGUACAAUCCUCAACUACCUUCGGGAUGGGUCUGUGCCACUGCCUGAAAGUGCCAGAGAACUGGGGGAGCUGCUAGGGGAAGCACGCUACUACCUGGUCCAGGGCCUGAUUGAGGACUGCCAGCUGGCACUGCAGCAAAAAAGGGAGACCCUGUCCCAGCUGUGCCUCGUCCCCAUGGUGACAUCUCCCCAGGAGGAGCAGCAGCUCCUGGCCAGCACCUCCAAGCCCGUGGUGAAGCUCCUGCACAACCGCAGUAACAACAAGUACUCCUACACCAGCACUUCAGAUGACAACCUACUUAAGAACAUCGAGCUGUUUGACAAGCUGGCCCUGCGCUUCCAUGGGCGGCUGCUCUUCCUCAAGGAUGUCCUGGGGGACGAGAUCUGCUGCUGGUCCUUCUACGGGCAGGGCCGCAAAAUCGCCGAGGUGUGCUGCACCUCCAUUGUCUAUGCCACGGAGAAGAAGCAGACCAAGGUGGAAUUCCCAGAGGCCCGGAUCUUUGAGGAGACCCUGAACAUCCUGAUCUACGAGACUCCCCGGGGUCCAGACCCAGCCCUCCUGGAGGCCACAGGGGGUGUAGCUGGAGGUGGUGGGGUGGCCCGAGGGGAGGAUGAGGAGAACCGAGAGCAUCGUGUCCGCAGGAUCCAUGUCCGGCGCCACAUCACCCAUGACGAGCGUCCUCAUGGCCAACAGAUUGUCUUCAAAGACUGA